AUGGCGACUGGCAACAGGGUCUCUUCAAGUGUGCGUGAUCUGGCGGUUGACGCCAUGAUCCGUGCAGCCCUGGGAGCGCCGGACAUCACGGUGGCGUACAGAGCAGGUGUCGAGUCUCUGCUUCGCCGGGCCGAGGAGGCUAACGUGCUCGGUGACAUCCGAAGCCUCGAAUUCGAGGCUGAGGUUCGUCGUCGUGUCACGGUGGCGAUGACGCACGUCGAAGCGGGGGUUCGGUCAGGGUUGACCCAGUUCCAGUUGGACACCUUGCGUCUGUUGGUGGGUGCGGUUGAAACCCGCCGGGACUCAGUCCGACAGAUCUUUGACCAGGUCUGGGUUGAUGAGGCUCGGUGCCGCGCCAUCGACCUGUACCAGUACGGGGAGGGGUUUUUUGUUAGGGUAGGACCCUCCGGGCCGAUGGCCGACCAUGGGAAUGACCAUGGUCUGGAGGACGAGGACGAGGAUGAGGAGAUGGAGGAUAUGGAGGAGGUUGAGGUGGUAGUGGUGGAGGAUGAGGAGGAGGGAGCGUCCAGGCCGAUGGCCGACCACGAGAGUGAUCGUGGUCAGGAGGAGACGGACGGGAAGACGGACACGGAGGAGAGUGAGGAGGAGAGCGGAAGCGAGGACAGCAGCAGCGAGGACGGUGACGACGCAGCUGGUGCUGGGGUGGUUGUUGACAGUCUCAGGCCUUGGGUCUGUCGUCGGUGCCCCAACCACCGCGGUGUCAUGCAUUUGAGCAGCCUUGUGCGCCACAUGGCGAUGGUGCACAAUGUCGUCGGCUUCAGGCCCCGGCAGUAG